AGGAACCACGGCGUGCAGAGACGAUGGCGCUGUUCCACAUUGCGCGGUACUCGGGCCCGGAGGCUGCCGGCUUGGGGGAUACCGAGGCAGAGGCGGGCGACCGGGCGCGAGUGCUGCUCGAGCGGCUGCAGAGCCGAGCCCGUGAGCGGCAGCAGCGGGAGCCGGAGCUCGAGUCCACUGGGACUGCCGUGGAAGAGGUAGGCAGGCGGCGGCGGCGGCGGCCCCGGCGGCGGCGUGGGGUGAGCGGAUCGGUGGCUCAGAGCCUGGAACGUCCCAGGGCGAAGCGGCAGAAAGCGGACGAGGACGACGAGGAUGUGGACACAGGGAGAGGUGAGGAGGUGCCGGAGCAGCGCAGUGCCAACGCAGAGGACCCAGGGGGCAGCCCGCAAGAGGAUGCCACGAGACCCUCGGCACCAGCCCGGGUGCUGGGGCACUUUGCAAGGAGGAAGAUACCGAAAGUCCAGCCUUUCCUGCCAGCGUGGCUAGCUGAGCCAAGCUGUGUCAAGAAGAGUGUCACUGAGGACCUUACUCCUCUUGAGGACAUCCCUGAGGUUCACCCUGACUUGCAGAAGCAGCUGAGGGCUAAUGGCAUCACCUCCUACUUUCCAGUCCAGGCAGCUGUGAUUCCGGCCCUCCUGGAGAGUGCAGACAGUGGGUUUCUGGUAGGCAGAGGUGGCUAUCAGCCUAGGGACCUCUGCGUCUCAGCCCCAACAGGCAGUGGGAAAACCCUGGCCUUUGUCAUCCCCGUGGUCCAAGCCCUGUUGCAUCGAGUGGUCUGCCACAUCCGUGCACUAGCUGUCCUUCCCACCAAGGAGCUGGCCCAGCAGGUGAGCAAAGUGUUCAACAUCUACACGGACGCCACGCCUCUGCGGGUUGCCUUGGUGACAGGACAGCAGUCACUGGCCAAGGAGCAGGAGAGCCUCGUCCAGAAGACAACAGAUGGUUACCGCUGCCUGGCUGACAUUGUGGUGGCCACACCUGGCCGCCUGGUGGACCACAUUGAUCAGACUCCAGGAUUCAGCCUGCAGCAGCUGCGCUUCCUGAUCAUUGAUGAGGCUGACCGGAUGAUAGACAGCAUGCACCAGUCCUGGCUGCCACGGGUGGUGGCGGCAGCGUUCCAUAGUGAAGGCCCCGCGGGCCCCUGUGCCCUGCUCCAGAGGACACAGCCGCAGGCUGUGACCGCCGCCAGCACUUGCACUCCCCAGAUGCCUCUACAGAAGCUGCUGUUUUCAGCCACAUUGACCCAGAACCCCGAGAAGUUGCAGCGGCUCGGCCUCUACCAGCCGAGGCUCUUCUCCACAAGGCUGGGACACCGAGGCCUCGAUGACCCAGUUGAGGUGGAUGGAAACUUGGGGGGGAAGUACACCUUCCCUGUGGGGCUCAUGCACCACUAUGUGCCCUGCAGACUCAGCUCGAAGCCCCUCAUUGUCUUACACCUGCUCCUUGGGAUGAACUUCUCAAGGGCUCUUUGCUUCACUAACUCGAGAGAGAAUUCCCACAGGCUCUUCCUGCUAGUGCAAGCUUUUGGGGGUGUGAGCGUGGCUGAGUUCUCCUCCCGAUAUGGGCCUGGCCAAAGGAAGAAAAUCUUGAAGCAGUUUGAGCAAGGAAAGAUCCAGCUCCUUGUCAGCACAGAUGCUACUGCUCGGGGCAUCGACGUGCGGGGCGUGGAGCUGGUGAUCAACUAUGACGCCCCCCAGUACCUGAGGACCUACGUGCACAGGGUCGGGAGAACAGCCCGAGCUGGAAAAACUGGACAGGCCUUUACACUUCUCUUGAAAGUGCAGGAAAGGAAGUUCCUCCAGAUGGUGUCAGAAGCUGGGGUGCCUGAGCUGGCACGCCAUGAGGUCCCCAAGGAACUCCUGCAGCCACUGGCUGCCCGUUACGAGACAGCCUUGUCGCAGCUGGAGAAGACUGUCAAGGAAGAACAAAAGCUGAAGGCCGCCUAGAUGGGGCAGGGGCCUGGAGGGGACACCCUGCUGAAGUGGAUAUUUGGUGUGAGCAGGAGAUAGA